AUGAACAGGGUUGCUUUCUUACCUCUCUUCCCAGGUUGUCAGGAAAAUUUGGGUGAGGAGCCCAGAACAGUUACAUUCUCAAAGUCAGUUAGAGUAGAAUAUCUGAACAACAUCCUCUCUGUAAGGGAAGAUAUUCUGAAGCUCAGUACCUCCAAUGAGAGCAAACCUGGAACCUGGUGUGAACAUGCUCCAGAUGUCGAGUUUGAGACAUUUUUGAGUGAGGAGAAGACAAAUCCAUUCCCUGGGAUGAAUAAAAGUUAUCAAAUGGACAAAAUGGACAACUGUUCAAAGGCAGGAUCUAAACGUGAUCUCUCUCAUUCUGUGCUGGAAAAUGAUCGCUGGAAACCAGGUCAGAAUGAGAGAAGCCUGCCCAACCUCCAGCGUGGCACACAGACCCUGCCAGCCCACUAUGCUGGGCCUAAAGGGGGCUCAGGCAUGAAGGCACAUGGACCUCACCAGUGAUGUGUGAAUAGGCCAUACUUGGAUGGAUACUGAAACCAGGGUGUCCAAAGACAGCUGAUGGCACAUUACAUGAAAUAUCUGUGUCAGGAGAGUGUUCCAUAUACCUCUCUGUGCUGGCAGAGGUGGGAUGCGUCUGGUUUCUUUGUGGCCUCAUGUGCCUGGCCCCAGUGGACCUGCUACCCACAGAAAUUACUUCCAUUUGUUUAAAUGUCAAAGCUCUUUAGUCAUCUUGGGAAAAUCUUCUAUAAUACUGAAGCACAAGUCACAAAAUAGCUUUCUUUAACUCACAGAUGUUUACUGGGCAUUUAUGAUGUGCCGGGAACUUUUCUAAUGUUGAGGCAGGAUGUUAAAAGGCCCUGCCACAGUCCUAAACAACUCACAAUCUGGCGAGACCAGACAUUGGAGGUGGUGGGUGCAGAGCCUGUCAACAUGUAUGAUGAGUGUUCUUGGGAUAGAAGAGGUUACCAGUAAGCAUGUGAUAGGGAAGCUAGGGGCAGUUCUUACUUCUGGGAGUCAGAACACUUUAUGAAACUGGAUAGAUAGAAUCUACUAUCUAAAAUAUAAAUGAGGGACUUUAAUAAAACUGUCACUAGAAUAGACCUAGUCUGUUUAGAGGGUUUGUUGUAAAUAACCCUGCUGCUUAUGGAUUUGUGAGGCACUGCUAUGCUAAAUAAUGAAUGUCAGUCUCCUAGUUUGUGAUUCGCAAAGUAUAAAAGGUGAAAUCCCAAACAAAUGGCUUUCCUAGGCUAACUUCACCCACUCACACAAGUAGCAUUUAUCACUGUGAUGCGGAAAAUGGCACCCAAAGGAUCAAGUUCCAUGGCCUCGGGUCCUCUGCUAGAUGUGGUAUUUCCUGUGACUCCUUUCUCAUACCCUUCACUAGUCAUUUGUGAAGCUUGAUCCUGGGUUAGGUGUUCCUGUGAGUCUGGCUCUUUGUUCAGCCCUUUGUGUUUUUCCCUGUGUGGUCUCAGGAGAAAGCUCUGGUAUCAGAAGGGUUCCUAGAAGAAGUAACAAGGAUGGUGAGGAUGGAAGAGUGAGUAGGAGUGAACCAGAUGAAAAAGUGGUGAGAAAUUCUAGAUGAACAAGAGAAUAUGUGCCAGACACUAUGAUAAGCAAUUUAUAAUUGAAAAUUGAUAUUACUAAUUCAGAAUCCCUGAAUUAUACACUUCAGGAAGAGCACAAAUACAACAAAGGCCUCUUCUGGCCCUUCCCUGCAACCCUGCCACUGGAAUGUGAAACACUGUGCACACUGAAGCUACUGUAUAAAACAAGAAAUCUUAACAGAAUUGGCUCUGGGUGAUUGGCCAAUGCCCACCCCCAUCUCUCCAACAAAAGGUAAACCAUAGAAUUUCAUGUUUAUGUUUGAUAUGAUUAUAAAUGAUGCAACUCCAAUAAUUACCCUGUAAUUACCUCUGUACCCUAAGAUGGCACAGCAAGUUUACCUGCAGAGACAGCCCACUCAGAUCAAUUGUUGGGCUGCCCCAACUCCUGAAUUCAGGCCUCGCUGAAGGUAGAAGAAAAUACUGCUUGAUGUGUCAAGGGAAGAUUCAUAUGCAAACUCGAGACUCGGGUCACAAUUCAGGGGAGUUCGCUUCCACAGGAAAUUUGGGUCGGCCCAGGUUCAUGGGACGCCCAGGACAACUGUGGGUGGCUGGUAUGAAGGCGCUGAUACAAUGUGAGCACUGGGUCUGCCUUGAGAAAGAGUGAAGAAAGUCCCAGGUGGAGCGGGAAUCAAGAUGGUGAACCAAGUUGCAGGUGUCUCUCUCCUUCACACCAAUAACUAUAUGAAAUAAUGGGGAAAAUAAAAGAAACAAAAUCAGAAUAAAUCUGCAACAGCAAAGCAAAAGAGAAGAAAAGGCAAUGUCAGUUGGCCUGAAAUUUUGAGCAGAGAGAUGAACCUGGAGGAAACCCCAGGUCCCUAACACGUCACAGGGCAGACUGCUGUGGAGACGGGAACUACAUAAAACCUUCACGUUUGGGGAUAGGGAAGAAAGAAGUGGGUGGGAGGUGGCCUAGCAUAUGCCCUCCCUGGGCCCAUCCUGUCAAGCCCCAUCUCUCCUCCAUCCUCAAGCCGCUGUUGGUCCUCAACAGCAGGGCAGUGGUGACAUUUACCCACAGGCUGAGCUGGUGAGUACAGGCACUCAGACUAGAGAUGCAGAGCUUGCCUGGUAGGUAGCUGAAGGUCACACGGAGGGACCAGGCACCUCCACUAAGGAAUCUUAAUUCACUUCUCCAUCAUAUUCACUGAUUAACUUUUUAUUGAUCAAUAAUAUUUUUCCUAGUAUUCAUAAAUGAAUACAAAUUUCUCUCCUACUAUAGGAGAUAAAGUGCCAGCUCUUCUCCCUCGGCUUCCCCGGUGCACCCCAAUAAGAUGAUGUCUUUCUAAAGAUUCAGCCCUUGUCCUUCUCCCUCCUCACAUCCAGAGGAGUGAGUAGAUGGUCUAGACCAAACCUCUCUUCCCCCAGCCCUGCUGGCUGGGAGCACAACCCUGGUGGUUCAGACCAGAUGUGGUAGACUCGCCCUUGCUGUCAGUCAUUUCCAGAGGGUCUACCAUGGUCAUUGAGAUUUAACCAUAUACAUAAAUUUGGCCAGAUUUUUUUGCUCAUCGCUGUUUCCUCUCCUUGUUAUCUGCUCCUGUCUGAGGUCUGUGUUCCUAUUUACUUGCUCUGUGGUUAGCAUUCUUCCUCCACUAUUUUCUAUAGAUGAGUAUGUUAGUGAUAUGAUUUCUGAAGUCUUCCAAAGCCGCAGAUAUCUUUCUCCGAUCCUCAGGGGACUGACACCCUGCGACCCCAUGUUCGAGACUGAUGACAUUCUAUUUCCUCCGUCUUAUGUAUGAUGAACCUGAGGCUCAAAGAAAGUAGGUAACUUGUUCAAGGUCAUGCAGCCAGUAGGAAGUGGAUGACUAGCCAUGGGGGGUUUCAGACUGAUUAACAAUCAAAAGCACAAGAUAAAGCAGGGCUGAACCCAAUGUCAUGUUUAUAAAAUGAUGUAGGGCUGGACAGAGCUGGCAGAGCAUAUCCUUCCUCCUCGGGAGUGCUGCCGGGGGCCCUGGUGCAAAUGCCAGGCUCAGUCGCAGCAAGGGGUGGGGAUGUCACAGAGGAGCUAAUGUGUGUCUGCAAUCGACUUUGUCCCUGGCUAGUUAUGCUAGCUCUUCCUGGACGUAUCACUCAUUCCCACUGAUUAUGAAUCAUAUAAUAACCCCCACACCCUGAGUAGGUUUCUCACGAUGUUCUCCUUAAAUUAUGCCGAAACUGGUAAACUCAGAAGAUUCAUGUGUCAUUUGUUCAGACCAUUGGGUGGCUGAGAAGUCACUCCAAGGUCAACUCUCAGGGGUCCUUGGCUCCUGUAUAGGAAGUGGGUCAGCUAGGGUGAGGACAGGCUGUUCAACCAUUCUGUUCAACCUUUCUUCAGGGGCAAAUCCAGGCUCCGAGAUUAGAUCUCCUGGCUCCUAGCCCAGAACACCCAGUACAACCCCACCAGCACUUUAAGAGAGAAGAUGCUGAGAGAGACGAGAGCAGAGUCUCUGAACUGUAACUGAGUUCCUGGAGGGAUCUGUGUAUGCGACAUUUACCUGUCCUUCCUGUGGGAUAGGGCCUGAAAAGUGGGAGAGAAGAGGAAGAGGCUGCAGCUAAGUGGGCCAGAGGAAAGGGUUGGGUGCUCCUGGCCCUGAGGAUUGCAAGAAUGGAGGAGACAAAGGAGGCACGAUCAAGCUGUCCCCCAUAUUCCAUGUUCUCCCACCUCAGCCCAGGGCUUUCCCCUCCACCUCCUGCCUUUUGGUUCUGUUGCUUUCCUCCCACUAUGGGACUCCCCCUUGCCCGUCUACAAGCUAGAUACUGAUGUGAAGAGGCAAAACUAAGCCAAUGGAAAAUGAUCCUAUUUAUUACAGAGUGAGAUACUGUAUAUGAACAAUAAAGCAGGAUAGGGAGACAGAAGACAUACGGGGGUGGGGGACAUAUUCAAUAGGAAGUGGUCAGGGAAGGCCACCCUGAAAACCUGGCAUUGUUCUGAAGAAGGAAGGAAGAGAGCCAGGCACAGAUCCGGGUGAAAGCUUCCAGACUGAGGAAGCUCUGCAGGAAGUGCCCGAGAUGGUCCAUUGGGGUGAAAGAAGAAACUAUUUGAACCUCCAUUUAUAUUUUUAUCUAAACAUGAAAAGUUACAUGCGCCUAACAUUUACUAUGUUAUUAAAAUAUAUAAUGUAAAUAAGUAUAUAUGGGGUGAGUGCUCAACUUGCUAACAAUUAUACCAGUGAGAAAUUAAAAGUUCAGAGAUUACUACAGCACAGCCUAAGGCAAUAAUCUGAAAGGCCAGAGUAAAUUUUUUCCAUCAUAUUACCUGGAAGAAAACAGGUAUCUAUAUGCUGUGUCUAUCUUUUUGAUCUCCUGUGUACAUCUUUUUCUCCUUUACUUUACAGCAGAGUCCCCUAUUCUUCUGUAUUUUCAAUACCAACUAGACCCAUGCCUUGCAGAUGAGUCCCGAAUAAAGGAAUAGAUGACUGGACAGACAGAAGGAUGCAUCAGUGUACAGACCUGUUUCACCAAACCCGCAUGCACUGAAAUGCUACAAAGGCAGCCUUGGCACAAUAAAGGACUUUGGCUUUGGCAUCUGACAGGAGUGAAAAUCCUUUCAAGUUCCACCCACAGGCGACUUACUUCCCUUGUUUCCUAAUCUGUGAAAUAGGAAAUGAAUUAAGCAGAAAGAGGAAAUGAGGCAAUGCUCUGGACAAUUUCAAAUUACAAUGCCUGAUGUUUAGUGGACACUUCCCACUCUGCUCUCCUGACCCCCAGGCCCACGCACUCCGCUCCCCAUUGUCAGCACCCAGAAAUACUUAGCUGCUAAGGCAAUGUCAGGUGCCACGCUGGCUUUGCCCCCUCGAAGCCUUUCACAAAACCGCCAAGGACCCAGAGUGAUGAACCCAGAGACCAGCGAAGUGGGCCUUAGUUAACUGAGACCAAGGCAGCUAGAAAAAGAGGGUUGAGCCAGCCUGAGCUAAAGCAACCUUGACAGAAGCAGGUCCUUUCAGGGAGUACCUGACGCGGCAUAGGCCACUGCCCCCUCUCCAUCCGGUGCCACAGUGCAGCCCCCUAAAGGGGUGGGAAGCUCUUGGGCGAUAGAGAAUGAAGGAGUGGGCAAACCAACACCAAGCUGCCUUUGGCGACAAUGAGUGUCAAACCUCACCCGCUUCCCCGCCUCCUUUUCCCUCCCCUUUCCAUCAGGCUCGUUCUCUGGCGCCCUCUGCAGGCCAUGCUCGGAACUCCAGCUGUGGUGGAGAACCUUUACCCACAGUGAGUAUCCAUCCACUGGUGUUGGGAACUGGGCUCCGUUCUUGGGGUCUCUGUUCCCUGCCUGGGCGAUCCUGCAAGGGGACUGCCCGUGCUGACCACAUCCCCAGGAGCUGCCUGUACGAGAGCCCGCGGGCGAAUAGGGAGGGUCACACUGGGAAAAG